CAUAACAGCAAGAACAAACAAGACAAAGGAAAGAAGAAGAAUAAAGGGGAAGACACUGCAGAGAUUACUAGGACCAAAGUCUAUAUGCCAAAGCCCACAAGGUUCACACCAACCUUGAGGAACUGUAAUCUGAUUGAGAAUGGUGGCGUAUCUGAAUUUCCUAAGACUGAAAGUGCUGCAUCACAGGAAGAGAAAGGAGAUAUUAGCAUGGAGGCCCAAACCAACGAUUUGGAAAUUAAUUGGUAUGACAUCAAGGAAGGUGGCUUUUUCUUUGAAGAAGAUGACCCAAACCAUGUUCUAGCUUUUGAUUUCCCCUCCAAAGAUAGACUACUUGAAGGGCUCUACCAAGAGUACUACGAGCUCUUGAACUCGGAGGGAAAUCAGGCGCAGCUGAAUUCUUAUCCUGAUCAGUCCUUGGUUCUGUGGUGACUGAUGAGGAAGAAGAGAGAACCACUGUAAAGGGGAGCGAUCUCAGGCACACCUUCUAUUCCAUCUCUAUGUAAGGAU